CAAGAUGGCGGCGCGGGGCCGCGUCCGCGCUCCCGCGCGGUCCACCCCCAGCCUUCCUCCGGCUGGGAGCUAGUCUCGCGUUGCCGCGCUCCGGUUGCCCUUCUGUUUGCGUGGUGGUCCUAGCCCCCGCCCCACGCCAUGUGGCUUCUCGGCUGGUGGCAGGUACUGCUGUGGGUGCUGGGGCUUCCCGCCCGCGGCCAGGAGGUUGCAGAGGAAAGUGGUCACUUAUGGUCAGGGGAAGAGUCUGCCGCCCCGCUCCAUGCGGGGGCCAUGUACGUGGGUGAAGAGGAGCCUGCACAUGGCCCGAUGGGCCCGGACACGUCCGCAGAAGAGGCUGGGGCAGUGCUGGGGCUGGACACUGAAGGCGACCGCAUGAUGAUGCUGUCUGUGGUUCCUGCGGAAACCGAGGACAAACCGAGCUCAGAGCCCAGCGAUGGCACCUGCGGGGCUGGAGGGAGCGAGGACUUGCGGUGCAGCCUCCGGGAGAGCCUCUUUUCUCUGGAUAGUGCAGGAGCCAACUUCCCGGAGAGAGAAGAGGAGGAUUACACGGAGCCAGAGGCAGCGGAAGCCGACCCGGCCCCCAGCGAGGACUCCAAUCACACCGACAGCCAGAAAUCCCCCAAGGUCAACUGCGAGGAGAGAAACGUCACCGGGCUAGAAAAUUUCACCCUGAAAAUUUUAAAUAUGUCACAGGACCUUAUGGAUUUUCUAAACCCCAACGGUAGUGAUUGCACGCUAGUCCUGUUUUACACCCCUUGGUGCCGAUUUUCUGCCAGUUUGGCCCCUCAUUUUAACUCUCUGCCCCGGGCAUUUCCAGCUCUUCAAUUUUUGGCCCUGGAUGCAUCUCAGCACAGCAGCCUUUCUACCAGAUUUGGCACUGUAGCUGUUCCUAACAUCUUGUUAUUUCAAGGAGCUAAACCAAUGGCUAGAUUUAAUCACACAGACAGAACAUUGGAGACCCUGAAAAUCUUCAUUUUUAACCAGACAGGUAUAGAAGCCAAGAAAAAUGUGGUGGUAACUCAAGCUGACCAAAUAGGUCCUCUUCCCAGCACUUUGAUAAAAAGCAUGGACUGGUUGCUUGUAUUUUCCUUAUUCUUUUUAAUUAGUUUUAUUAUGUAUGCUACCAUUCGAACUGAGAGCAUUCGGUGGCUAAUUCCAGGACAAGAGCAGGAACAUGCUGAGUAGGAAUGGACCGAAGAAGUUGGAAAGAGGAAUUUCAGUCCUUUGUCCCAGAAACUAAUGCUGCAAUUUCUCACAUUUUCUCCAGUGAAGAGUUGACUUACAACUUCAGUCGAAGAAUCAUGCAUUUGCUGAACUGUUAAAUAUGUAAAAAAUUAUAAACUGGUGUUUUAACUAGUAUUGCAAUAAGCCAAUGCAAAAACAUUCAAUAGAGUUCACUGUCCUUGUUUUAACUACCAGAACAUAAUCCAAUAUUUUAAGGGAAUAAUUCAGUUUGAAAUGGAAGAUGUAUUCUGGUGGAAUAAUGAGCAGAAGGACAAUCUGCUGACUAUAUAGAAGGCAGAAAUAGGACUUCCAAGUUAGUUUUAAAAACUCUUUAUUCCUUAAUAUGUGUAAGAAGGUGAAUUUCUGUUCAUUUGUAGGUUUUCUUUCAGACUUUAAACAGGAAAGUGUUGUUAUGGGAAGAAUAAACUGGAAUUGCUAAGUGUGACCUUACAAGUAGCAACUCGUGGGAAAAUAAAAGAGUCAAAUACCCUGUCAUUUGUGACUAACUUCAUUGAAAGAAUCUCAAAUGGUUUACGUUUUUUUCUGGGUAAAGCAGAUGUUAGGAGAAGGUAAAUGUUGUUAUCAUAAAUGAAGCUUUUUAGGUUCCGUUCUGUGCUAAUGCAUUAACUGAACCUGAAAAUGUUAGUUAGCAAUAUGCUACAUUUAAUGAGAACCAAAAUAUAAAACACUGUUCUUGCCCCCAAGUUGAUUCUAGUCUAGUUUUAAGACACGUAGAAAACAGACAUGUAACUUAAUACAAACUUUUUGAUAAGCUGUUUCUAAAAGAUCCCUUAAAUUCAGGUAUGACAGCUGAUUACAUGAUGAUAAAUUACUUUUAUGCUGAUUGUUUCUAGUGUUUUAGAGAGUAGUUCAUUUCAUAAGGCACCCUAAAUCCUAUGGAAAUAAACCUUGGGUGAGUCUUCUCAGCGUUUUACUGGAUGGGAGUUCAGGACUUCGUGUUGCGUUGUGGCCAGCCACGGCUGCGGCAGUCACAGGCAGGAGGGGUCUGCGGCUCAGAACGGUGCCAUUACUAUUUCCGCUUUAUCGGGGAGCAAACCGAGGCACAGAGAGGUUGAACAGCUUGCCCAGGUUAUACACAAAGUUGAUGUAGCUGGGAUUUCAAUUUUCAUAUGUAUCUGUACUUAAAAUAUAGGGAAAAUAUGUCUAGUAAUUCUCUUACAAUAACCAACGCUUGAAUAGUACUGUGUGUGUUGUGUCUGGUUCUAUUUUAAGAGCUUUAUGUAUAAUUUCAGUUGUGCAAUAGC